UUGAUGGUUUAUGCUAUAAAUGUACUUCAUUGUUUGUUUCUUUGUUUUAUUUACAGGUAGAAUCUCCCAGGACUAUAAAAUCCAUCACUUGAUUGGUCAGGGAUCAACAGGAGUCAUCUAUGAUGGAAUUCGUCUGUCGGAUUGCCGAAUGGUGGAUAUCAAAUGCGUGAAGAAGAGCAAAUCAAUGGAAAGGAUCACGAUUGAACCAUCUGACAAGACUGUUCCACGAGAGGUCGGUUUGAUGAUUAUGAUGAGCAGAGGUCCGAAGGUUCCUCAAGUAAUACAGCUGCUGGACUGGUAUGAGGCACCAGACCGAUACAUACUGGUGCUGGAGCAUCCCAAAUCAGCUGUGAGCCUGGACCAGUUUGUAUCCUCUUGUGGGAACAAAAUCAGCGAAGCGAAAGCACGAGUGGUGAUGCACCAGGUGAUCACUGCUGCCAACGCAUGCUGCGAAAGGGGAGUCUACAAUAACAUCAAGCUGGAGAGCCUGCUCAUCAACCCCCACACCUUGCAGGUCAAACUGAUGGACUUUGGCACGGGAAGCCUCAUUAAGGACUCUGGCUAUACAAAAUUUUGGGGCUCAAUAGCUUGUAUUCCCCCGGAGUUCUAUCAGAAGGGAAGGUUCCACGCCAAACCUGCAAUCGUGUACUCUUUAGGCAAACUGUUGUUCAGGAUGCUGUGUGGACACUACCCUCAUAUGGAGCUCCACAAGAUUGUCAAAAGAACCUGGCAGCCUGAAGACCUAUCCAAAGAAGCCGUAGAUCUGAUCUGCUCGUGUCUGCAGACUAAGCCAGACAAGCGGCCUCUACUUGACGAGAUCCUUCACCAGAGAUGGUUCCAGGUCUUCAUCCUGAAGCCAAACAACAGACGAAAAGAUUAAGAUCAGAACAUCCAGCCUCUUCAUCCAGCCUCUUCAUUCAGCCGUCAACACCAAACUUCUCCUCUUCAUCGAUCCACUAACACCGAACUCCUCCUCUUCAUCCAGCCACUAACACUAAGCUCCUCUUUUAUAUUCAGCCAGAAACUCCGUCAAGCCACAAACAUGGGGCAGUUUGUGGCUUUACGAAGAGAAAAAGCUGAAUGGGGCUGGUGUUUGUGGUUGCGUGGAAAGGAGGAGCUGUUUGGGGCCGGUGUUUGUGGUUGAUAAAGAGGAGGAGCUGAAGGGGGCCGGCGUUUGUAUCUGGAUGAAGAGAAGAUUUUUGGUUUAUUUUUGGAGAUUGUAAAUAAAUGCUUGUUCUGUAUGUAAUGAAUAAAAAUGAAUACUUUUCACAUAUAAAGUGUUUUCAUUUCCUUCAAUAUUAACUUAAUGCACUCCUAUAGUUAAAUUGUUGAACUGUCCUGUCUUCACCUAGCAGUUGAAGUUGCCAAACAAUGGCGUUAUAUUGUUUCAGGUUUUACAAAAUGGCAGUGAUGCCUGUAUACUUCACAACUUAUUCCAUUCAUUUAGACUUUUAGAGCGCUUUUUACAAUGUAGAUUGUGUUAAACAGCUUUACAUAGUUCUAGCAAAAUAAACUGAACUUCAACUGUGACAACUGGACUGAAGCGGUUUUGUUCAGUGUAAUGUGAAAUUACUACU